AUGACUAGCCUGAAUUCAUAUGUCGAUUGGUGCUUGGUCGACGGGCCGAAUUCGGAGGUCCUGAGUUCUACAGACCACCCGCACCAUGACAUAUUCCUGGGCCUCCAACCAGCCUCCUCACCUCCCAACCUGAUAGAUAAGAUGGGAUUUAUCAUGUCCCCACCGUACGUCGAACUGCAAAUCCAAGAGGGCCCAGUUACUCUCCAGUUCGGCGAGGUGACCCCUCUAGGCUCUGCUCCUGAUACACAUCUUUGUCUCCCUGCCGCACCACCGGACGGUUUCGGACAAUCGUUCCUUUCCAACGAUGGCACGUCUCUCACGCCUCAGAUGACCAACUUGGCGGCCAGCAAAGCCCAUAAUAUUCAAGAUGCAGAGCCCGUUACGCCCAGAAUUGGUCAACGAAAGCAACUUUCCCGAAAUAUAGAGCCUUGGCAAGGAACGCAGCCACUUCCAGAAUCAAACAGGACUACUGGCACCAGGACAUUAGAUUCAAGAGCCCGCUAUAUUUCUAAACGCAAAACGCACCUAGAAAACAAUCGGCAAGCCGCAAAAAGAUGCCGGAAGAAAGUUAAAUCCCGCAACGCAGCUCUCGAGUCUGAGUACAAAGAGCAGUCUGCCCACAAUAGUCAGCUUCUAGCUGAUAUCAGCCGACUACGCUCUGAAUUGUUGUAUCUCCAAAACGAGAUACUGAAGCAUUCGCAAUGCCGAGACGACCCUCUCAAGAGACAUUUGGUGCUGGUGAUGCAGAGGAUGCCAGCACGGGAUGGUUGCGCUACUUAA